UUCUAGCUUGAUCAAGAGGAUGUUUGUGUAAAUUUCACAAUUGAGCGUUGGUAUCCAGUUGCAAAUAUGUCACGCUAUUUGCCCAUCCGAGUUUACGAUUACUAUGCACCAGAACGUUUUAACGAAUCUAUUUUCGAUGCUCUGCCCACUUAUUUGUUGAAUAUAUGUGAAGUAUGUGGAAGUUCCCAAUGUCCUUAUUGUUCAAUAUAUAAUAUAAGCUGGCGUGCGUCGAUGUCAGUAACAUUAGUGUUGUUUAGUGUAUUCAUUUAUUUAUUAAGAGCUCGCAUGUCAAUAUUUUUGCAUGUUCUACACACGAUAGUAUAAGGAAAUUCUAUAAAAAAAUCUCAUAAAAUUCAAUAAUUUGGCUUACAGUGACUGUUAAAAUGCAAAGAUAACAUUGUUUUAGAAAACAUUUGUAAAUGUUUCUUAUGGAGUUAAAUUUUAAAUUUAAUUUAUUAUACUUUUGCUUAUAACGAUACGAUACGAACUAAAUAUAAUUCCGUCCAUUUUGUCUGGUCAAUUAUGUAUUGCAAUGCGAAUAUGCAGAAUAUAUUUUUAUUUACUAUUUAGUAUAAUAUUAGUGCUUAAUUUUAAUGAAUGAUGCUCUUCUGAUGAGCAUAUAGGAAUAAUAAGUGCAUUAUGCGUAAGAAAUCUCAUUUAAUAUUACUUGUUAACCGUUUGCGUGGCUUGCAUAUGCAUUUUUUGUAUUUAUAUAUAUACGCAUUCAUUUAUUUCCAAAUGUUCAACAAUUGUUUGUAGUAUUUUUAAGUUGACAGUAAUUUGUAAAUCGUAUAGAAAGAAUCAAACAAAACUUUUAAAUGUACAAAUCAGCAGAAGUAGACAAAGCUUUAACAAUUAUUGGCUAUUAUAGACUAAACAACUCAUUAUGUAUAUGACGAGUUCAAACAAAAAGGUUUUCACUUUUUCUAUGAUUGUAAGUGUCUUAAUAAUCAAAUUGCCUUAGAUUUUAAAAAUCAAUAAGUCUUUAUAUACAAUAUUAAUUUUUUUUUUAACAAUGACAAGUGUUUGAAACUAUGUCAAGUUUGCUGUAUAUUCCCCUAUUAAUAGUUUAUAGUAUAUAAGUAUACACAUAAACGAAUAAAAAAUAAAUAUUUUUUUACACUAUUUUGUAAAUUGAGAUAAAGUAUGAACACAACAAAAAUUAUUAAAUUGGUAAAUUGGUAGAGACUUUUAUACAAGUUUGAUUGUAAUUUCUCCGUCCUUUUUUCUAAAAGUAAUAUUAUAACAAAUAAAACUAUUUU